AUGCACGACCUGACCGGCAAAAUCGCCCUCAUCAUAGGUCUCGGCCAGGCAUCCCCGGAUGGAUGGGGAAUAGGCAGCGCGAUCGCCGUUCUCCUCGCACGACAAGGCGCCAUCAUCUUCGGGGGCAACAGGAGCACCGACUCGGCAGAGAUCACCCGGCAAAGGAUCCAGGCCGAAGGCGGCACAUGCGACGUGAUGCAGACCGACGCCACCUCGUCAACGUCCGUCAAGGCGCUGGUGGCCGCCUGCCUCGCGAAGCACGGGCGCAUCGACAUCCUGAUCAACAACGUGGGCAAAUCCGAGGCGGGGAACCUGGGCGACAUGGACGAGGCGGUCUGGGACGCGCAGGUGAGCCUGAACCUGAAGAGCGUCUACCUCGCGUGCCACAACGUGCUGCCCAUCAUGGAACGGCAGGGCGGUGGCGGAAGCGUGGUCAGCGUGUCCAGCAUCGCGGGCCUGCGGUACAUCGGGAAGCCUCAGGUCGGGUACGCGGCGACGAAAGCCGCCAUCAUCCACGCGAUGAAGACGUCGGCGGUCACGUACGCCGGCAAGAACGUGCGGCUCAACACCGUCGUGCCCGGGUUGAUGGACACCCCGUACACCGAGCAACUGGCGGUCCGGUACGGGGCGGGAGAAAAGAGAGACGAGUACAUGCGGAUGCGAGAUCGGCAGGUGCCGAUGGGGAGGAUGGGGGAUGCGUGGGAUGUCGCACACGCGGUGCUCUUCCUGGUGUCGGAUGAGGCCAGAUACAUCACGGGCCAGGAGAUCGUGGUGGACGGCGGCAUCACGGCCUCGACGGGCAAGCCAUGA